CUCUUCAAUCCCUGCCCAACACAACACACUUUUCUCUUCCUUUCCUAUAUUCUUCUGUUUCUCUGUUUUUCUUUCUUCUUAUUCUCAAGAAAACAAAGCACUACUAAAACCCAAGUCAAUUAAAUUGGUUUUAUUGCAAUAUCUGAAUCAACAACUAAUAAUAUUUACGGGGAUUAUCUUCAUAUAUAUAUUUAUGGCUAACCAAAAUGUGGCUUCGUCGUCUGAGAUGAAAUUAGGAAAUGGGUGUGUCACCAUUUCCAUGAACAAGCUUCAGCGACUUAAUGAAAUUCAUAAUAUUGGUGGUGGUGGUGGUGGUGGUGAUGGUGAUGGGAGGACUGGUACAGGAACUAGAAUGAGUUCUUGGGUUGAGUCCAUGAGAGCCUCUUCUCCUCCACGUAGUAAUAACAAAACAAUUACUACUGCUACUACUAAUAAUAAUAAUCCUGCUUCUGUCUCACAAACACAAAAUCACAACCAAAACUCUUGGAUAGCUAGUCAUCCUUCAGCUCUAACCAUGUUUGAAGAGAUAAAAAAUGCUUCAAAAGGAAAACAGAUUGUGAUGUUUCUUGACUAUGAUGGUACCCUUUCUCCCAUUGUAGAAGACCCAGAUCGAGCUUUCAUGUCUGAUAAGAUGAGAUUUGCUGUGAAAACAGUUGCUAGAUAUUUCCCAACUGCCAUAGUCAGUGGAAGAUGCAGAGACAAGGUUUAUGACUUUGUGAAACUACCUGAGCUAUACUAUGCAGGCAGCCAUGGAAUGGACAUAAAGGGUCCCACAAAAAUUACCAAACAAAAAAAGAUUAAGAAUGCAGUUAUGUAUCAACCUGCGGCAGAAUUUUCACCAAUGAUUGAUGAGGUGUACACUAUUUUGGUGGAAGAAACAAAAUCCAUCCCUGGAGUCAGAGUGGAGCAUAACAAGUUCUGCUUAUCAGUACACUUUCGCUGUGUGGAUGAGAAUAAUUGGGACGCUUUGGCUGAUCAAGUUAAAGUGGUUCUCACUGAAUAUCCAAAGCUGAAAUUGACUCAAGGGCGAAAGGUACUAGAGAUCAGGCCAACCAUCAAAUGGGAUAAGGGCAAAGCCCUUGAAUUCUUAUUGGAAUCUUUAGGAUAUCCCAAUGCUAAUCAAGUGUUGCCCCUAUAUAUUGGAGAUGAUCAAACCGAUGAGGAUGCAUUCAAGGUUUUGCGUGAUAGAGGACAAGGAUUUGGAAUCCUUGUUUCUAAAUUUCCAAAGGAAACAAAUGCCACAUAUUCUCUGCAAGAACCAUCUGAGGUUAAGGACUUUUUGAGAGAGCUGGCAAAGUGGAAAAGGGUGUUUAUGCGAAGAGAUGGCCGCUAGAGGUGUAUGUGUGAGAUUGAGAGUACUACUACUAUAUAUAUAUAUAGCUAGCUAAUUAUAUAUGCUAAUUAACAAAGUGAUAAUUUUGUCAAGGGUGUGUAUUGCAAUUUAAUCAAACAAUGUGUACUUUUAAUCU